AUGGUUUUCUUUUAUACAUUUUAUGUUUUCCAACGAUCUCUUCGUGGCGAAACAAUCCUCAUACCCAAACUACCUUUGAGAAUACAUUGGAAAUCAAUCACUCUAAUCACAAUAUUCUUCUUCUCAACUGGAUAUUUCAUAUUCCCAUACACGACAAACCUCCUGAUGUAUCAACAUUUCUACGUUUACUGCCUGUGUAUCGAAACAUCUAUUUGGUAUUUCACAAAAGAGUUUCGAAUGUUUCCACGUCAUCCAAGAUCUAACUACUUUCUUUUUUUGAGAGCCUAUAACCUUACUGCGCACCGGAUUUGA